AUUCCCCGAUGUCCUUGGACUUUGCUUGGGUUCAGAGUUCAGACUAAACGCAGGCAGCAAUCAUGGAUCGUCUGAACGUAGUGUUUGGCCAUUUGAGCUCGUCGGUGACGACACACGAUGUGGCAGCAUCAGCAAACUCUGCGGACGACAUCGUUGUUGUACAAGCGUUGAGGACUCCGAUAGGAAAAGCAAAAAGGGGGUCAUUUAAGGACACCUAUGCAGAUGAGCUGCUAUCACACGUGUUCAAGGCUGUGAUAAAGGAUGUCGGGGGUGAACCUGCAGACAUUGGCGACAUAUGUGUUGGCACAGUGCUGGAGCCAGGGUGUAACACAGCCAGAUUCGCACAGUUUUACAGUGGUAUUCCUGAGACUGUGCCAUGUACAUCUACCAACAGACAGUGUUCAUCCGGACUGCAGGCGUUCAUGAAUGUGGCAGGGAGUAUCCGGACUGGACAGUGUGACGUCGGACUGGCUGCAGGUGUUGAGUCUAUGACCAAGAAUGAAAUGCUGCGGAAGGGGAUGGAUAUCAACCCCCACGUGUUUGAAGACGAGAAAGCAGCACAGUGCCUCAUCCCGAUGGGUAUCACAUCGGAGAAUGUUGCUGAAAGGUUUGGGGUAUCAAGGGAAAAACAAGACAGGUUCUCGUUGCGAUCACACCAAAAUGCCCACAAGGCGACAGUGUCGGGAUUGUUUGAUGCGGAGCUGGUUCCUGUGACAACCAAGAUUCUGGAUAAAGAUGGGAAUGAGAGGACCAUCACGGUGACCAAGGACGAUGGUAUCAGACCAAGCACCACAUUGGAGGGACUGGGGAGACUUCGCCCUGCUUUCAAGGAAGGGGGAUCUACCACUGCUGGUAACUCGAGCCAGGUGAGUGAUGGUGCUGCAGCAGUGCUGUUGGCGAGACGGUCAGAAGCAGAGCGGAGGCGCUGGCCAAUCCUGGGCGUCCUCAAGUCUUAUGCUGUGGAAGGUUGCCCUCCUGAUAUCAUGGGUAUUGGUCCAUCCGUGGCCAUCCCUGUGGCUCUCAGGAAAGCAGGUCUCAAGGUCAGUGACAUCGACAUCUUCGAGAUCAAUGAGGCGUUCGCAAGCCAGGCAUUGUACUGUCAGGAGAAACUGGGGAUUCCCCUUGAGAAGGUCAACCCCAAGGGGGGUGCGGUCGCCCUGGGGCACCCUCUCGGGUGUACUGGCGCCAGGCAGAUAGGGACUUUGUUGCAUGAGCUCAAGAGAAGAGGCAAACCGGCUUACGGUGUUGUCUCCAUGUGUAUUGGCACUGGCAUGGGAGCAGCGGCUGUUUUCCAGUACCAAGGAUAAUCAAAUUCCUGGUUGGAGCCACCAGCUGAAGAGGAAAACUCCCUUCAGCAGAAUAAUUAAGAGUCAUAUAUUCAGAGGGUGAAAACAACGGAUGUCAAUGCAAGGUAGUACUCUCACUCCUGCAUCUGUGAUUUGGAGAUCUCUGCCUUUCAGAAAUGGAUUGGUUGAUUUUGUGGCUGUAUGCAAGUAGUAUGUUACUUCAGAUUACAAAUGUCAGCAAAUCUAUUUUAACAUCAAAUGAACUCCACUUGAAGUGACUUGUCAUUCUUAUCAGAUAUUCAGAUGUUAAUAUCCAGGAAGCUAUGUUCUUGGUGCUGAGGCAAUUUGAGAAAGUCUUCAAGGCUCUUGACACAAUUCUCCAUGAGCCUCGAGAAACCUCUGUGGAAUUUUUUAUUUUGUUUGUCUUGAUACAUGAACUAUUCCACGAUAUUGUACAGUCAAUGAUAUGUUAAGUGAAGUAUAUAUAUAUAUAUAUCUUUGUUGAAUAAAUUUAUAUAUUUACAAAUUA